GAAUGUGCUUUUGCGGUCGCACGGCUAUACUGCGAAUGAGUCAGCUGACUGAACCAAAACAGGAGCCGCUGGACUUCCCACCAGGAAAUACAUGAAACACUGUUCGCUCACUCUCAGCCCCCGGGCCAUGAAGAAGACCAAGGGCAAAGUGGGCUGUGCUCCUCCCGAGAAGGAGUUCGUGUUCAAGUUCAGGGCGGGACAAGACGACUGUGUCCUCAAAGUGCCCCUGAAGUUUCCCGUCGAGGAGAACAUCAGUGACCUCCACGGGCGCCUGAUGCUGCUCCACAAAAUACCCUGCUACAUAGAAGACGAGCUGAAGACCUCACUGUCCAGCUUCGUUGAGAGCGAGACCAUCCUGGAUUAUGACAGAGAGGCCGAGCUGGCCCUGCAGAGACUCACCACGGGGGACAUGGAUGUGAACCAGCUCACUAAUGCCUGGACCAGGUCUUACAUGGAGACUACACUGGAACACGCUCGGCCCGAGGAGCCCAGCUGGGACGAGGACUUUGCCGAUGUUUACCACGAGCUGAUCCACUCACCCGCCUCAGACACUCUGCUGAACCUUGAGCACAACUACUUUGUCAGCAUCUCCGAGCUCAUCAGCGAGAGAGACAUGGAGCUUAAGAAGCUUCAGGAGAGGCAAGCAGCUGAAAUGGACAAGGUGAUGCAUGAGCUUGGGAAUACUUUGAGUGACCAGGAUGUAAAUGCAGUGGCAUCUCAGCAUUUUGAUGCACAGCAGGUGCUUGAGAACAAGUGGGCCAGUGAGCUGAAACAAGUCACUUGCAUUCAGAAGCAGGAGUACCAGGAGUGGGUCAUCAAGUUGCACCAGGACCUGCAGAAAUCCAACAACAGCAGCAAAAUCAAUGAGGAGAUCAUGGUGCAGCCCAACCAGCUGUCGGAGCUUGAAGAUUCUGGGUCCAGGGUGUUUGAGGAGCCUCAGUCUCAGCUGGAGGAGAGUUUCACCAUCCACCUCGGAGCGCAGCUGAAGACGAUGCACAAUCUGCGGCUGGUCCGGGCGGACGUGCUGGACUUCUGUAAACACCGGCGGUACGGCAGCGGCGGAGCCAAGCUGCGGCGGCUACAAACUGCCCUGUCGGUGUACUCGUCCUCGCUCUGCGGCCUGGUGCUGUUGGUGGACAACAGGGUCAACUCCUACAGUGGCAUCAAGAGAGACUUUGCGACGGUGGCAAAAGAGUGCACCGACUUCCACUUUCGCUGUCUGGAGGAGCAGCUGGAUGAGGUGCAGCAGGUGGAGCUCUAUGCCAGAGCGCAGCGCAGCAGCAAGCAGAAGGACCAGCCAGAGAUUCCGAGAAAUGGAGCUGACGACAAGAGCAAAAAUAUUGAGAGAAAUCCCUCUAACAUCGUACCAGGUGAGUUCUACAUCUCGCGGCACUCCAACCUGUCCGAGGUCCACUCCGUCUUCCACCUGUGCGUGGAUGACAACGUCCGUUCGGGGAACAUCACGGCGAGGGACCCGGCCAUAAUGGGGCUGAGGAACAUCCUGAAGGUGUGCUGCACCCACGACAUCACCACGGUCACCGUGCCGCUGCUCCUGGUCCACGACAUGUCGGAGGAGAUGACCAUACCCUGGUGUCUCAAGCGAGCCGAGCUGGUGUUCAAAUGUGUCAAAGGCUUCAUGAUGGAGAUGGCCUCUUGGGAUGGAGGUAUAUCGCGCACGGUUCAGUUUCUGGUGCCAAAGAGUAUCUCGGAGGAAAUGUUCUACCAGCUGAGCAACAUGCUGCCUCAGAUCUUCCGCGUCUCCUCCACGCUGACUCUCACCUCAAAACACUGACGGAUAAUCAGAGACGCCGCACAUGUUUCACGUUUCACACACGUGGACUCGUUCCUUUCUUUUUUUUUUCUUUUUUCUUUUUUAACAGCAUUGACCGAUUAUGUUGUUUCUUUGUUUUUACAGGAAAUUAAGUGGUGAUAUUGUGAAACAGCCCCAAAAAACAUGACAACAGAUGGGUGAAAAUUGAGGCUGGAGCUGCAAAUAGAAUUUUAAAUUGGAAGCUACUUUUUUUUUAUGCAAUGGAUGAGCCUUGUUAUUUUUUUUGCACCUUUUAAAGUUACAGCAAUGAGAAUGGUACUAGAAUCAGUGGCUCUCUCACACGCACACACACACACACACACACACACACACACACACACACACACACACACACACACACACACACACACACACACACACACACAAAGCAGCUGAUGCAAUUAUGACUUCAUGCUUCCAGGGUGUGGUUCUGGUGGUGACCAGAGUAUUAUGACAUCAUGACAACCGCUGCAAGUGUGACCCGUUUUCUUUAAAGCUGCGAUCUGUCACUUUCCCUUUACGUCCAAGUGUAACGGAGCAGCCAGCGGGUUUUGCGUCGGCUAAAAAGUUAUUUCAUUUGAGCUGGUGCAACGAGCCGGUGACGUCAAAUGUGAAAACAAGUUUUUGUUUACUGUAGUGAUGAAGAUGGAUGGAAUGGGGCACUGAUAAUUGGACCCAUAGUAUGUUCAUUAUAAAAAAAAGGAUGUCAUUUUUAGUUUCCCUGUGCACAUCGUAUUAUUUCAUCCGUUUAAUGUUCAGGAACGAUCCACAUAUUGAGAUUUAGCAGCACUCGUCCUGCUGCAUAUAUUUUUAAGUCUGGGUCCUGUAGAGAAGAGGAAGUGACACGUACUUGGCUCAACUCGUCCCAAAGACAAAUAGUGCUGCUGCCCGAAAUGAGCCAUGUGCAGGUGUUUCUCCUCUGCUGCAUUGCAGCAAGUUUGUAACGAGCAUCGUUUCUCUGUGCGCGACAGUGUAUGAGCAGCACGUGCGGUUCCCUCCCUCCUACUCUCUACUUCUGUUGACGGCAGAUGGCACUGUUCCUAAAGACAAAUAUGUGAAGGUGACAACACAGACGCUUACAAGCUUUGUAUUAGUAUUUGUGGUUGGGCUCCAACGAGAGUUGGCUGCCUGUUGAAAUUCAUCUCAAUCCAUUUUAGUCCACAUUCAUUGCAGCCUCUGUAGUCGUAUCUCCACCGGUAAAUGUCUGUCGAAUGUGUUUGACACUUGGAACCCACUCGUGUGUAUUCACUGUAUAUGUUUACAUUUAUAUAUAUGUGUUUAAUUUGAUUUAAAUUCUCUAUGAAAGCCACGAUGAGCUCAUGACAGUUUUUGGAUGCCGCCAGCGACGCACGUCUGGUGGCAUUUGGUUCAGCGUUUUUUUUUAAAUUUACUGUUGAUUGGCUUAUCCCUCUGGAAACAUAAUCUCUCUGAAGUUAAUAAUCCACGUCAUUCAUUUGGGGAAUUACAUUUCCCGCACAUCUAACGGUGGCCUGUAAGCCAUUUCAGACGGGACUGGAAUCAAUUCGGCCCGUCAGAAAAGUUUGCCACAGUCACGUUCGUCCGUGGUGUCGCAGGCUGAUUAAAAGGGUACAGUAUAGCAGUCAAAGUACGUUGCCGUCUCCUCUUUCAAGAUAAACUAGAUGGUUAACGAGGUUCCUGAAUAGCGUCAUGUUGAAACCUGCAACUGUUUAUGUCAUGCUGCCAUGCUGAGAACCCACAAACUUGUGAGAAUACGUAUUGCCGAGUGUUUGGCAUUGCUCAGGAUCGGUCGCCAGUCGCCUGCAGUAUUGGGUGUCUGUGGGCAGAGGGUGCAGGCUGCCGAGUCAGCGCGAUGGCUCACCUCUCACUGCAUGUGCACGUGCUUGGAAAAUGACCGGAGCAACAUAUUCACAUAUUCAAACUUGACAUAAAAAAAAUAUGAGUUCA